UCAAUAGCGAUCUAACUUCCAGAGCGACAGUGCCACCUUUGAAAUCCCAGUCUCCUAACCACACAACUCUUCUUCUCCUAUCUUCAGCUCCCGCCCCGCUCUGCCGCCGCCGCCUGACUAGUAAACUCAACCAGAGGUGCGGGACAGAGGAAGACCAAUUCAGGUUUUUGUCUUGGAAAAAGUUGGAGGUGAGGCGGCUGGAUUGUUUCCGCCUUUUCUGUGUGAAAAAAAAACGAUCCGGAAUUCUAGUGAGGAUUUGAACUGGAAUCCGUUCCGUGUCGUGUUGCUGUAGGGCUGUAGCUUGGACUGUGUUAGAUUUUACGCGAAUAUUCCGGAACGGAAUUUCUUCAAGAGUGAAGAUUUGUUUGUCUUUCGUCUGUGUUUGUUGAUGCUCAUCUAGUCCCCCUUCAACACUUUGUAAGAGACUAGAGAUGGUUGCUUUUGGGAAGAAGCUGAAGGAAAGACAAAUUGAAGAAUGGCAAGGAUAUUACAUCAACUACAAAAUAAUGAAGAAAAAGGUUAGGCAGUAUGCGAACCAGAUUGAAGCUGGGGCACUGGAUCGCCGACAUGUUCUCAAGGAUUUCUCCCGAAUGCUGGACAACCAGAUUGAAAAGAUUGUUCUCUUCCUGUUAGAACAACAAGGAGCACUUGCAGGCAGGAUAGCUGAACUCAAUGAACAACAAGAUGCUCUUCAGGAACAACCUGAAAUUGCCAAAAUAAGUGAGCUACGGGAAGCUUAUAGGGCUGUGGGACGUGAUCUUCUAAAACUUCUCUUCUUUGUUGAAAUAAAUGCCAUUGGACUGAGGAAAAUCCUUAAGAAGUUUGACAAACGCUUCGGCUAUAAAUUUACUGAUUAUUAUGUCAAAACUCGGGCUAAUCAUCCUUAUUCACAGCUUCGACAAAUUUUCAAGCAUGUGGGAUUAGGGGCAGUUGUUGGAGCAUUAUCUCGUAAUCUUGCAGAACUUCAAGAUCGUCAGGGAAGCUACUUAUCUAUAUAUGACCAGCCUGCUCUUCCGCUUCAGGAUCCUGUUGUUGACUCAAUAAAAGCUGCGGCUGAUAGAUUAACUCAUUCAACAAACUUCCUGAAUUUUUUGGGUCAACAUGCACUUAUAAUGCAAGAGGAAUUACCUAGUCCUGCUGAAGAAGAUGUUGUUGAUCAAAGAUACCAUUUUAUGUCACUCCUGUUGAACCUGGCAAACACUUUCCUUUAUAUGGUAAAUACAUAUAUUAUAGUUCCAACAGCAGAUGACUAUUCUAUGAGCCUUGGCGCUGCAGCAACAGUUUGUGGUAUUGUGAUUGGAUCAAUGGCAGUUGCACAAGUUUUCUCAUCAGUGUAUUUCAGUGCUUGGUCGAACAAGUCUUACUUUAGACCUUUGGUAUUUAGCAGUAUAGUUCUUUGUAUAGGCAAUGCCUUGUAUGCACUGGCCUAUGACAUGCAAUCAUUACCAAUUCUUCUUAUAGGCAGAUUAUGUUGCGGUUUGGGUUCAGCCAGAGCUGUGAACCGAAGGUAUAUCAGUGACUGUGUGCCACUUAAAAUCCGUAUGCAGGCUUCUGCAGGUUUUGUCAGUGCUAGUGCUCUUGGAAUGGCAUGUGGUCCAGCACUUGCUGGGUUGCUUCAAAGUAAUUUUAAAAUUUUCAACCUGACAUUCAACAAAGAAACUUUACCUGGUUGGGUCAUGGCUUUCGGAUGGUUAAUAUAUCUGGUAUGGUUAUGGAUCUCAUUUAGAGAACCAGUGCUUGAGACUGAAGAAAACCCCGUUCCACAGGAAUCUAAUGCUGAUAGUGAUGUGGUUGAGAAGGGUCUCGCACAACCACUGCUCAUAAAAUCCAACGAACAAGAUGAUGGUGAUGGCAACCAAGAAUAUGAUGAGAGUGAAGAAGCUCCAGAGGAGUCUCGAUUACCAGUCAACUCUAUUGCUGCAGCAUACAGAUUACUCACUCCCUCUGUGAAGGUUCAACUGUUGAUUUACUUUAUGCUGAAAUAUGCUAUGGAGGUUUUACUCUCAGAAUCUAGUGUUAUUACAGAAUACUACUUCCAGUGGUCAACCGGCACUGUGGCAAUUUUUCUAGCAUGUCUUGGCUUAACAGUUCUUCCAGUAAACGUUAUCGUUGGAAGCUACAUAAGUAACAUGUUCCAGGAUAGGCAAAUUUUAUUGGCAUCCGAAAUUAUGGUUUUGCUGGGCAUAGUCCUAAGCUUUCAAGUAAUCAUCCCGUAUUCUGUGCCACAGUAUGUCAUCUCUGGGCUGAUAAUGUUUGUAUCUGCAGAGGUUUUGGAAGGUGUCAAUCUAUCGCUCCUCUCCCGAGUCAUGUCGUCGAGGCUUUCUCGUGGAACCUACAAUGGUGGCCUCUUGUCGACAGAAGCAGGCACAAUUGCUCGAGUUAUCGCAGAUGGUACUAUAACCCUGGCUGGUUAUUUGGGGCAGAGCAGACUGUUGAAUGCCACACUUGUUCCUUCACUUCUCAUUUGCAUAGCAUCCAUUACUGCCACAUGCUUUACCUACAAUUCCUUGUACUGAUUUUGGGUGCUGCUAUUUAGAACAAUGAUUUCAAUCCCCAAAAUCCCUAUUUUUUAAUUGAUUGUUUUUAGCACUUUAUUUCCAUUUAUUGUCAAAUUAAACUUGUAUAGGUAUUGCUUGUGCCAACUACAAAAUAUUAAUAUACAGUCCCCAUUCAUGCUUCCCCUAGCCCCAGUGCCUAUUGCUCUUUAGACUUUAGUCAUAUUAAGGCAGAAAAUGCAACUUGUGACAAUGUUGUACCGAAAUUUGUGUCAUCUGACAAUAUUGUACUACAUUUGUCAA